AUGAAUGGCAGAACAAAAAUGAGAAGGGGUGCACGGUUUUUUCGAGGUCAUUCUGAAGAACCUGGCAGCAGUGCAAGUUUUAAURUUUUGCUUUCAGAGCAUGAAAACCCUGAUGGAAAUGGGUUAACUCGAUCAUGGAAGAUUAUCUUAAGUACAAUAUUUAUAUUUACUUUUCUUCUUGUGGGACUUCUAAACCAUCAGUGGCUUAAACAAACAGAGUUUCAUCAGAAAUCCAGUCAAUUAUAUGCCAUGAUUGCAGAAUAUGGUUCAAGACUUUAUAAUUACCAGAUCAGACUUCGUAUGCCUAAAGAGCAACUGGAACUCUUAAAGAAGGAAAGCCAGACUUUGGAAAACAAUUUUCGUGAAAUUCUAUUUUUAAUUGAACAAAUAGAUGUUCUGAAAGCAUUACUUAGAGAUAUGAAGGCCGGCACAUACAAUUACAGCUGGAACGUCCAAGGAGACACUGCCCAGGACCAGGACAGCUCAGAGAUGCUGGAUGAGGAAAUGUCAAACUUGGUACAUUAUGUACUCAAAAAGUUGAGAGGGGACAUGGUACAAAUGGCUGAUUAUGCCCUGAAGUCAGCUGGAGCCUCUAUCAUUGAAGCUGGGACCUCAGCAAGUUACAAAAAUAAUAAAGCAAAACUGUACUGGCAUGGGAUAGGAUUCCUAAAUUAUGAAAUGCCUCCAGAUAUUAUUCUUCAGCCAGAUGUCCAUCCUGGAAAAUGCUGGGCCUUUCCAGGUUCCCAGGGUCAUAUUCUAAUCAAGCUUGCCAGGAAAAUCACACCAACGGCUGUUACCAUGGAGCACAUUUCAGAGAARGUGUCACCCUCAGGAAACAUCUCCAGUGCACCCAAGGAAUUUUCUGUCUAUGGCAUCGCAAAAAAAUGUGAAGGAGAAGAAAUUUUCCUAGGUCAAUUUAUAUACAACAAGACAGAAAACACCAUUCAAACAUUUGAACUCCAGCAUGAAGUUUCUGAACCUUUAUUAUGUGUGAAUCUUAAAAUCCUUAGCAACUGGGGACACCCGAAGUAUACUUGUUUGUAUCGAUUCAGGGUUCAUGGUGUCCCCACUGAUCACACCUAG